AUGAAGCUACAGUUCUUGGCCAUUGCUCUAGGUGUUUUUGACUUGGUGACGGCUGAUAUGGAAAAGCGAGAAGCAAGUCCUCAGCCCAGUGUCCAUCGGCGACCAAAUAACCUGGGCGGCCCUAGGGGAAUCUCAGGUAUUCCAGCUAAAGGAGUGCAUUGCAAAUCGUAUAAUGCGCUUGCGGUCAUCGACGCAGGAACAUUGGAUGACCAGCUGACGAAAGUCCCUCCAAACAUUGUCAAGCAGCAGCCUCCAAGGUCUUGCAGCGACCCCUACAGCGUAACAUCUCCAAAACUUUGCUAUGGUUUGAGCUAA